GAAAGUGAAGUUGAAAAUUGGCCUCAUCAAAUUUUUAACCGAUCAAUUCAAUAUUCAGUAUUUUACAAAAAUGCAACGUAUGUAAUACAAUACUGCAGCAGGUCACAUUUUUUUUAGAAAAUUGCACAUAGCAUUUGAUUUUCCAACAUUGGCAUAAAAUUUCUCUACUAUGUUUUACCCAACGAUCACGCUUGCAAAAUUUCAAAGCAAUAAGUGGCAAUUAUCGCUAUUUCAGGCAGAUGGACAGACAGACACCAAGGCAAUUCUACAACGUCAUCUAAAAAGGCUAAAAAUUUUCUAAAAUAUUUAGCUGUAACUAAGGCCAAAUCAUCGUCCAGACCUCUCCAAUAAACGCCGGCCCCGAAAACCUCUCUGCGAAUUCGAAUGAAGCUGUUUGUUGCAGGAGUGUGAAUAGAAAGAUUUUGAUUUUUUGUACGCCUUCUCCGGGGGUUCGAUUGUUUGUAUACACGUUCACAAGACGAGUCUAGAUUUGCCAUAAAAAUGAAGAAAUCCGGAGCAGGCGUUGGGCGUUUAGCUAAGCAACAUAGGCUGCAAGCGUCUGCUGAGCGAUUGUCCAAGGAAAGCCGCUUCAACCACGAAGAGUGCAAAGUGCUGCUGUACAUUUUUGACAAGAUCACGGCCUUCGGCGACUUGGAUAGGCUUCGAAUGAGGGAAAUUCUCCACACGACGUUCCAAAUCACGGACGAUGUCAUGCUCGACCUCGUCUACAAAGCAUUUGACAGGGACAACGACGGCGUGGUCUCGGACGCUGAAUGGGUCCGAGGUCUCUCGACCAUGAUUCGUGGGGACAUUGACCAACUCACGGAGCACUGCUACUUUGUGUACGACAUGAAUGGGGACGGGUCGCUGGCUCGCGAGGAGUUGACCCAUUGUCUCAAAGGAUGCAUUCUAGCUGGCUACGGUUUGGACCAGGAAGAAGUCGAAGAUUGCGAGCGUGACAUUGUCGAGAUUUGCAUGAAAAAACUGGACAUGGAUCGAGACGGUCAGAUCACAUUUCCCGACUUCCAAAACGCCGUGAUGGAGGAUCCCUUGAUGCUGCAGGCGAUUGGUCCCUGUUUGCCGGGGGCCAACGCGAUUGCGAGCUUCCUCUCCCUGAUCACGGACAAGUUCCGGCGUUACACGGAAACCUAUGGUCGCCGGUGGGUCCGGAAGAAGAAGCAGAGCAUGGCGUCGGCGAGGAGAAGUCUCCGCAACAUCCAGGCUGCUGUCAGCGUCAUGAACGCAAACGCGAAAAAUGAACAAAUGUCGCUCGCAACGGUUGCAAUUAUGAAGUCGCGAAUGUCAGUCAAAUAUUAAACAUCAAACGCUGUUAAUGUCGCAUGCAAGUCGAAAUAAACACCCGCACUGCUUAUUAAUUGAUUAUGCAUUGUUGAAUCUACAACCUACUCGGCAAUUCCAGUCUUACUCGAACAAUAAGAAGUAUGUAUUAGGCAUAGUUAAAAUAGCAUAAAUACAAAGUCUGAACUUGUAUUAUGAACAGGGUUUUAAAAGCAGGAAUACUGUGAGGUCUGGUGCUAAA